ACAAUCAACGAGGGCCGUAAAAGAAACGCGUCUUUGCUUUCUCAUCGAGAGGUUUCAUAAGAUUCCAGAUCUGCGCCGCGAUCGAUCUCUUUGGCUCCUUGAUUCAAAACCUUCUCGAUUCCCAAUUCGCCGUCUAUCGUCUACGAGAAUCGGCGGAGAAGAAGGAGACGUUAUCUGUUCCCGGAGUUGACUUUUAGGGUUUCCCAGAUCCGGUUUGUUUUCAUCGAGAUUCUAUCUUGUUUGAUUGAUCUGAUUUUGAUUACCGUCGAAUCCUUUGUGGCGAUUGUUGGUGAUUUGGGAUUUUUUUAAUUGUAUCGUGAUAUUUUUCGAUUGGUUAUUGAUACGAUGGCGGCAGGGGGAGUUGAAAUCUCGAAAAGCUCUGUCGUCGUUGAUCGUGUUCGUGAUUUGUAUCCUCGUCAGGGUGGUAGGGACGGUGAGAGGCGUCAAACCAAACGACCCAGUGAUUCUGAUCGCUGGUUGAAAGAUGGGCGACGUGAUUUGUAUCAAAGAGGAGAAGCCCGAGAGGGAGAUGUUGGUCAGAAGAGGAGGAAGUGUUCUCCAGUUUCAGGGGAGAGAAAAGAUCAAGUCUUUCCACCUCCACUUGGUGAGAAGACCAUUGUUGAUGUGGGUAAGAUUUCAUCUGAGGGUGUUGUGAAGUCAACAGAGUAUGUUUCUGCAGUGUCAGUGACGUCUGUUAAACAUCCUUUUGAUGAUCUUGAGGAGGGCCAGUUGGAGGACGAGCAGGUGGUUCAGGCACCCAAUAUUGCUACGUCUAAGUGGUGUUUGGAAUCUCCAAAGGAUGAGGCAGUUCAUGUUGUCAGGAAUAGCAGAUGGAAUAGGAGCAGUCUUACUCCUGAGAGCGGUGAAUUUCAAGUGGAUUCGUCUGAUGAACGUCGGUCCAAUUCUUCUGAGUCUCGCAGCUUAGAACCCCUCAGCUCUCAUGAAAAUUCAGAGCAUGAGAUUAACAUGGAUGUUGGUGAAGAAGAAUGUUGUGCUUCUGAUUUGAACGACUCGGAAGUUGAUGAAGCAGAGGGAGGCUUGAGCAUGCUAUCUGGUAGUAGAGAUGUUAACGAAUACCAGAAGCUAAGCAAGAUUAACGAAGGAACUUAUGGUGUUGUCUACAAAGCCAAGGACAGAAAGACAGAGGAGAUUGUGGCACUUAAAAUGAUCAAGAUGAACAUGGAAGACGAAUAUGGAUUCCCGUUGACAUCUUUGAGGGAGAUCAACAUUCUUUUGUCUUGCAAUCACCCGUCGAUUGUGAACGUCAAGGAAGUCGUGGUGGGAAACGGUGACAGUGUUUUCAUGGUCAUGGAACACUUGGAACAUGACUUGAGGGGCGUUAUGGACAGGAUGAAACAGCCUUUUAGCACCAGUGAGGUCAAAUGCUUGAUGAUUCAGCUGUUGGAGGGUUUGAAGUACCUACAUAGCAACUGGAUCAUCCACAGGGAUCUGAAGCCAUCUAAUCUUCUACUGAACAACAGUGGGGAGCUGAAAAUAUGCGAUUUUGGAAUGGCUAGGCAAUAUGGGAGUCCUAUCAAGCCCUACACGCAGUUGGUUGUCACACAGUGGUACAGGUCCCCGGAGCUUCUUCUAGGAACAAAGGAGUAUUCAACCGCAGUUGAUAUGUGGUCCAUCGGUUGCAUUAUGGGUGAGUUGCUGUCUCUAAAACCUCUUUUCCGAGGGAAAAGUCAGAAUGACAUUGACCAGCUUCAACAGAUAUUUGCGGUUCUUGGAACACCGAGUGAGACGACUUGGCCUGGAUUCACUUCGCUGCCAGGUUCCAAAGCCAAGUUUCGUAAGCAGCCAUACAAUUUACUGCGUAAGAAAUUUCCUGCUGCAUCUUUUACCGGAGGUCCAGUUCUUUCAGAAUUGGGAUUUGAUUUGUUGAACAGAUUAUUGAAUGUUGACCCUGAGAAGCGACUAACAGUUGACGAGGCUCUUAACCACGCCUGGUUCAAUGAAGUACCUCUCCAGAAAUCCAAGGAGUUCAUGCCUACAUUUCCUUCAAAGCGUAACUGAGAGAUCUAAACUUUUUGAAUUUUUCAUGUUUACUCUUUACUUUGUGAUUCUUGACAUGGGUUUCAAGAAUGAGGAGAUUGGUCAUCUUUGUGCUGCGGAAGCGUUACAUCCAUGUGUAUAUAUAUGAAUGCUCCAUGAAACUGCAAGGUGUGUGGGUCUUCCCUCUCUUAUUGUCUCUCUUCUCUUGUCUUUCAUUUAAUUCCCUGUGUAUCCUACAGUGUUAAAAUUAAUUUAGAGAGAUGUUGACUUUUAAAUUUCUUUCUUGUCUUCAUUUUCUUUUGUGUUAUCUUCUUCACGAGGUAAACUUUGGAAGGAGACUUGCCAUCUGAUAUAUUCAAUUAUGCUGAUCGAUGGUUUGGAAGUAACCGAUGCAUAAAGGCUCCGCUAUUUUCUGAUACUUAUUUAUGCGUCACUUACUAAUUAUAUUGGCAGAGAGAGAAAGGCGUGCGCUUGAUACAGCUGUUGUUAUUUACUACUAUGCUGAUGUAUACAAGGCCUCACACUUAUACACCACAACAAAUACGACGGAUUAAAAACUGGAACAUCUCUUGAACGGAAGCUAUCCGAGUUGUGUUGAUUCUGAUCAUUUGUCUACAAAACAAAAGUCUCUACUAAAUUCGUCUUAUCAAUAAAUAAAGCACUUGGACAAAGACCUUAUUACAA